CACACUGCUGCUGCUGCUCUUGCUCUUGCUGCCGCCGCUGCUGCCGUUGUCGCUGUCGCUGCCGCUGCCGUUGGUUAUGGCGACGAGUAGCUCCGACGGCUCCUGCACCGCGCCCGCGGACUUCCAGCUCUCGUCCGAGCUGGAGGACGCGUCGAGUCGCCUGAGCAUGAACCUGCUCAAGUGCCCGUUGUGCCAUAACAGCCGUCGGAUUUUUUACUGCCGCCAGUGCGUCCAGAACGGGGAUUUUAUACACUCGAACACCGUCUACUCGGAACGGUUCGCGGAUAAACAGAUGCGGCUGGUACGGCUGAAGGCUGCCAGAGCCCAGCUGGAGGAGAAGUGCAUGAAGGCUCUCGAGAGGCACAAGCAGAGGGAUAAACUGAUUUGUGAUAUAAAUACAUGUAAAGAAAGAGUGAGACUACUUCAGUCUCUGGUAAACGAGACGAGGCAGAGUAUCGGCAGAGGUAACCAACAUUUGACCGUUUUGAAGGACGUCAACUCCCAGUUGACCCUUCGAGUGCCACGGCACGAGGAUAGGAUAGAGAAACUAUAUCGUUACGUUAAUGGCUUGAAAGUUAAGCAGGAGAAACAGAAGGAAGCGGUGGACAGGAAAAGGGAGCAAUUGAAGAAAGUGAUCAGAACCGCCGCCAAGCAGUUGAUUCAGUACAUUUUUCCCUUAUCUAAGGUCCAGCCAAAUAUCAAUAAGAGUUUGUGCAGCAAGGACGGCGAGGACAGCGACAGCGUCACUUCGGAUAUUCUUACUAGCGCAUUAGCGGAUGCGUCAAGUACGUCGUACGUGCGGGGUAGGUGGAUUAGCGAGAAAGAAACUUCUUUGAAAAUCCAUCAUUGUAUAGUUGAGCCAACGUUGCCGGCGACAGGAGACUACAGCGCUUAUUCUCUUUGGGUUGCAGCAAAUAAAGAUGGGGUACCAGGUGCGAACAAAGAAAACGCGAUGCACAAUCCAGCGUAUAAUAUCAGUGCUGCUUUGACAUACGCUACACAACUUGUCAAUGUUCUUGCCUAUUAUGUUAAUGUAAGACUACCAUACAAACUUACUUGCGGAGAGUUUUGCGGAAACGAAUUGUCGGACCAAAAAUUUGCUAGGAAAGUAGCAAGGCUAAAUAGUAAUGUAUUACAUUUGUGUCUUACGCAAAAUACCAAGAUAGAAGUUUUACAUCCCAUGCAUACGUUACAAAACCUGAUGCAUUUGCUCAAUACUGAAAUUAGUGAUCUCGGAAGAAUUGGACCAAUGGAAGUUGAUCCGUCUGUAAUGGCACAACUUCACAAUCAAUUAGUUCCUGAUUUGGAAAAUAGCGACGAUUCAGCUUCCGAUGAAGAGGACCUGUGUUGGGGGUGGGAGGCUGUAAGUCAUACUUCUGUACCAAGUAUCGCUUGUCCCGAAAUGGCAGUACCUACUUCCGGUGCAAUAGUUAGUCAGCAAUCUGCUAGUGUGCAAGUGCAUCAGAGCGUUGCUGGUGGCCUGGUGACAAGUGCAGCGGCCAGUAUCGCUUCAAUUUGGCGAGGUUGGACUAAUAAAUAAUUUUUUUCCUUUCGACACGUAAGAUUCUUGCGACAUAGAUACAGUUACUGUACAUUUGCAAUUCCUCAAAUCAAAGGACAACAACUUUGAAGAGGUGCUUCAAAGUAAAAAAAAAAGAAGAUAUUUAGAUAGUAAUAUCACGAGACACGGUAGUGUCUCGCGCCAAGUAUAAUUUAUAUAUCGUGGGGAGGAACGGAUGUGAUUUGAAAUCAACAUGUAAAUACGUGACUUUCUUAACUUACACGUGACAUUCAAAGUAGUUCAAAUAUGCUGUGACAGAUUCCGUUAGAUCUGAUGUCUAACUUAGCUCGAAUCUAAAAUAAUUAGAGAAGGAUUUAAUAAACUGGCUGUUUAAUAAAUUUACCAGGACAUUUUAUAUUUCAAUUGCACCACGAAAAUAAUAGAUUAGAUUGUGAUAUAUUAAGAUAUGUACUAAUGAUCUACGAAACAAGAUGUAUGUUAAUUAGCACAGAUGUAUGCCGAUACAGAAUUUGUUAUGGUAGAACAUAUAAAUAUGCAAUGACUGCCUUUUCUAUGCUCAUCGCAUUUGGUGCGAUCGUACAUCCCUAUAGAUGAGAUAUGCUUCCCUCUAUUAAAUAUGUUAUUAAUAUAUUUUACAUUACGGGACUCAUUUCAUGCCGAAUCAGCAUUAGAGUCUGAUUGUGUAAAAGUCUUUAGGAGCAUAUCUUUGAGAUUGUAACCAAUCUUUUGCUAUGUUUUGUUUGGUGACAAAAAUCUUCGACUGCAAUAACAUGAAGCAUUUGUUGCUAAAUAAUAUGUUCAAUUAAUUAAUGUAUAUAUUAUGUGCUGAAAUAUCUUGAUGAAUUUUUGGUUGUGGAGAAUACGUACAUUACAUUAUUUAUUAUAUGUGAGACUACUAUGUAAAUUAUAUAUUUUUUACCAUGUAGCAUAAAAAUAGGAUUUGUUAAACAUUUCAUACUUAAUAGUAUAAGGGAAAAGUAUUGUAGAGUACAUUACGUUAGCUGAUUUUAUUAUAUUAAGUAUAUUAAACGAGAGCAUUGAUAAAAUAGUAUUGUGGUCAUUGUAGAAUAUAUGAUCAUCCAUAAGAAAUUAGCACACUCUACAAAAGAGAUAGUUAAUAAUAUGGUUUUCCAAGUUUAAAUGUUUAGUCCAGUCAAUCUACAGUAAUCCUACUUUAUUUUUGUACAGUGCAUUGAACUUGAUAUUUCUUAGAAAUAGUAACUUAUUCCUGGUCAUCCAAUGUCCUGAAGAUCAGGGUGCAGAUAGUUAAUAAUAUGUUGACAAUUGUUUGGUCAACGUAAAUGUAGACGUAAUAUUUCAUAAUUACAUGAUGAAAAUGCUUUUUAUGAAACAUUUCAUCAGACAUUGAAAUUUCUUAUAAACUGAAUAUUUUUUUUAGACAGUAUAAUGAUGAAAACAUGAGAAAAGAUGUUGUGGAUAGACAAAUAGACUUAUAUUCAUAUUCAUUAUAAUAUUGCAUAAUUUUCUUAUGCGUAUAUCCAAUUUUCUGAAUGAUGUUACAGCGUUUUAUAAACAUACGACAGAUAGGAAAAGAAUUUCACAAAUAGACAAAUUACAAUAUUGAAAUGUUAACAAACAUAAAUCUACAUAUAAUUUAGCACAAUUGUCUAUCUUAUUUAAUAACGUAUAUACAUAUAUGUGUGUGUGUAAUUAUUUUGACGUCGUUGCUGUUUGUAGUGUUAAAACAGGCGUUACCAGUUCACUUUUCAAUUCAGAUAUUUAAGUUAGAGUAGAUUAUGGCAAAUUUGGAUUACAAAGCGCAACAAUUUAAAUUACAUUUUUGGAAAUGUACAAUAAUAAAAUAUAUAUGAAAUAGCGCAUUUCAUAUAUAUGUGGGCGUGUGUGGGUGGGCGAAACAGUUUUUAUCUUACCGUAAAAAAAAGGCUAUGUUUUAUCUGAACAAAGAUGCAUUGUGAUACCUCGAAUAAACUAGGAUCUGUUUUUUUAUUGUUAUUGCUGUAUAUUUAAGUAAUAUCAAUAAGAAAAAUCGCAUACUUUUUAAAUAUAUCAAUAACGGUAUGCCCAUACCAUUUUAGAUCUUUUGUAUCAUCUUCAAUAUUUUGGAAUAAACAUGUAAAAAUAA